AUUUGUAGCGGGAAAAAACACAAUAUGGAAAACAGGUUGAUCUCGAUUCCAUACAAGGAAAAGAUUAUAGACGCUUGCGUGACUCUACCGGAUGUGACGAAAACUACCGGAUAUGGAGUCAUUCUGACACACGGUGCUGGUGGAGAUAUGAAUUUAUUGCAGCUUAAGUUACUUUCUGAACAUUUAGCAUCAAAAGGUGUAAUGGCUGUACGGUUUACGUGCAAAGGACUUAACCUGGCAUACAGAGUUAAAGUUUACACCUGUGUCCUGGAGCACGUGACAUCACAAUACAGCAAAGUCACUAGAUAUUUUCUUGCAGGGCGAUCAAUGGGCAGUAGAGCGGCUGUCGGAGUUGCAAAUGGCGUGAAAGGGACGGAACUCGUGAAAACUGUAGCUGGAGUUAUCGCCCUUUCGUAUCCUCUUCAUACACAGGAGAAUAAGUCCAACCUUCGAGAUAAACCACUGUACGAGUUAAGCGACCCUAUAUGCUUUGUAAGCGGAACAUCGGAUGAGAUGUGUGAUAAAAGUUUGCUAGAAAACGUUGUUAGAGAUGUUAAAAAUUCUGAGGUAAAGUGGAUAAAGGGAGCUAACCAUGCAUUGAAGGUCAAAGGAUCCAAAGAAGAAGACAUUAUCACGGAUAUUGGCGAUUUUAUUUGCGAUUGGUGUAAAACGAAACUUUCAGGUAAUAUAGUAGAAUCAGUAGAUGACGAGGAAGGAAAGCAAAGUGAGAGAAAUCCUAAAAGAAAAGUGGAUGAAAAGAACGAGCGGAAAGGUGGAAAACGCGCAAAAGCCCGUCUUGUACGCUAA